CCGACAUCGUCCUAUCUCCUGCUGCCUUAGGGAUGGGUUGCGCUUCAUCCAAACCAGAAGAGGAUUAUGACAGCGCGGGAGGUGGAUUGGGAGGAACGAUAGGGAACGAGGCUGCAGAUGAGGCGGCCUCGGUAAUCGCGGGAGCCGGGCUUACCGCGCGUGUGCACCUGUCGCUAUCAUGCGACGGCUUGGCCAACCUGGACGUCGGAAGCAAGAGCGAUCCUUUCGUGGUGGUUUCAAUGAAGUCGGGCAGCGAUACGGGGUGGAGCGAGAUAGGCAGGACCGAGGUGGUGGCUAACAACCUUUCCCCGAGAUUCGUCACCCUCGUCCCUGCGACGUUCCGGUUCGAGGAGGUACAGAUGCUCCGCUUUGACGUCUAUGACGUCGAGGGCUCGUUUACCACUUCGGACGCCAGCAGGUUGGACGUCAGGAUGCAGACUAGUCAGGGAACGGCGGAGUGUGCCCUGGCGACAAUCAUGGGGGCUCAUGGGCAGAUGAGCGUCGAGCCGCUGCGCAGCCCGCACCUGCCUCAUCAGAAGGCUUCGAUAACCAUCAGGGCCGAGCAGGCGAAGAACUCGAGCGACCUGGUCGUGUUCGACCUGGGGAUGAGGGCUUGUCCCAGAGGGAAUAAGAGUGUGUUCUUUCGGAUCAGCCGCACGGCGGAAGCUGGGGCACCGAUACCCUGCUACAAGUCGGAAGUGGCAAAGGUCUCCGGCGGCUCGGUGCUAUGGUCGCAGAGCAAGGUGGGUCUCCCCGUUCUCGCAAACGGGGACCCCCAUCGACCCCUCGUGGUCGAAUUCUUCGGUUACAGAAAGUCCGGCUCGCACGUUUCCCUGGGUUCGUGCGAGCUAAGCGUGGACACGAUGGUGUCUAGGGCAGGCGAGCCAGGCGGCGUCCUCAAUAUUUCCUCGGGAACCGGGCAGCUCGUCAUCGAGAGCUGCAAGCUCGUUCCCCAGCCCAGCUUCUUCGAUUUCCUCGCGGGUGGCUUGGAAAUGCAAUUCACGGUCGGGAUCGACUACACUGCCUCCAACGGGGACCCCAACGUGGCCGACUCUCUCCACUACCACGACUCCACCGGCAGGACACUCAACCAGUACGCCCAGUCUAUCUCCAGCGUGGGCAAGAUCCUUGAGCACUACGAUUCGGACAAGCGUUUUCCGGUGCUGGGGUUCGGCGGAUGCCCUAUCCCUGGGGCCCCGGCGAUUCAUUGCUUCGCGGUGAACGGGAGGGAGGAUGACCCAGAGGUCCACGGCGUCGAGUCCAUCCUAGACGUCUACAGGGAAAGCUUGAAAUGGGUGCAGCUCUCUGGGCCGACACUAUUCGCUCCGCUCAUCAACCAAGUGGCGUCAGUGGCAGCCUCGGAGCGCACUCUUGACCCGGAAAAUCAGAAGUACCACGUGCUCAUGAUCGUCACUGACGGCGUGAUCAAUGACAUGGGCAACACCAUGGACGCCCUCGUCGCCGCCGCUGAUUUGCCCUUCAGCGUCAUCAUAGUCGGCGUAGGCAGGGCCGACUUUUCUCUGAUGGAGCAGCUUGACGGCGACGAUAUUCGUAUCGCGAACGCCCAGGGCAGGAAGGCAUCGAGAGACAUCGUGCAGUUUGUGCCCAUGAGAGAAUUCAGCAACUUGGGGUUCCAUGCCCUGGCGCGCGAGGUACUCGCCGAGAUACCGCAGCAGGUGGUGGAAUACAUGGCCAACAACAGAAUCAACGCUUGCCAGCCUAGGGCGAGGCCUCCCGUGCCUCCUCCCCGCCAAGCAGGCUACGCGGGCGGGGGCGGGGGGAGCUUUUCGCACGCGGCUCGGCACGGCCAGUAGAAAUUCUACGAAAAAGUCUAGCGGCAGCAGUAGUCGAGCGAUAUGCCCACCCCCCUCACCCCCAUAUCGCCGUUACCACUGUUGGCGUUAUCGGGGAGUUCCGCUUGGAUUAUUCCACCGCUAGCUCUUCGUUGCCGGCGAGUAUGCCUCAUGCAUAGCUCCGCUAUUUAGUGUUACUGCUGUUGUUUGCGCCACAGCGAGCGGUGGAGGCGGCGACGGCUUCCUGUCGCGUUCUUCGUAACGGUCUCCCUGGGCGUUAAAAGUUGAGUUUGGCGUUUUGG